AUGGAGUUCUGUUCACCUCCCUCUACUUCAUCGUCUGUCUCUUCUUCACCCCGGCUGUCUUCACUAAGCAGCACUUCGACAUCGACAUCGCUUGGCUCCGCUUUUUCGAGCUCGGAAAUAUCAUCACUACCAUCUCCUUCCCUUUCACCACCCCCCCCGCGACACUUUCCCCGAGUUCUCCAGCCCUGGAGCAAAAACUCACGCGUUUUUCGCCUCUCCAUUCGCACCUCGCCCUCCCUCACCACUCAACGCCACGACUCGCUCUGGUUAGAUCUGAAACCAGACAGCAUCCAUGACCUCGCCGAUGUUCCGACCCCAGCCUCUAUCCAAACUCCCGAUGAAAGCACACCAAAGUUGCCUGGACUUGCCCCAACUCCACAACUCCUAGUUCAGGAGGAGCUCACUGUUGGGGCCAUUAUCCGUGCAACGACAUCUCCGCGUUCUAGAACAGUCUCUACUCAUGACUCGGGUAUCUUAACCAACCUGCCAUUGCCAGUCUCUGGCCUCCCGGAAACUAUCAACUCGCAUUCCGUGUCCUUUCCCGGCCUUCCACCUGAGGCUCUCGAUAGCCGACUCCCAAUACUGACAGUCGAGCCUCCCAAACCAUCCGGUACAACGUUACGGCUGGUGGAGCCCUUGGGUACCGGCGCUUUUUCGAGUGUCUGGUUGGCGGAGGAUUUAUCGGAUGACCCGCUCGUUUUGCGUAGUCGACGCAGUUUGCGGAACUUGCGUCGAGAAGGGUCUCUUUCCUUAUCGCGGAACAACUCGCUUUCCAGAAAUAAUUCUCUACGCAAGGUCCGCGUACCUGGGGUCCGCCCAGUUGGAGCUGCUGGCAAGCAGAUUCUGACAUAUCACGACCGUAACGGGACGUUGUCUGUGGGGGUAACCGUUGCCGCCACUCGUCUCGUGGCACUCAAGAUGACUGCACGUUCGAUGUUUAUUGCCUGUUCAGGACGAGAACAGGAGUUACAGCGAGACCGGACCCGUGUGAGUUUUGUUCGCGAGGUCGAAGUUCUCCGACAUAUCUCCCACCCAAACAUCACCAAACUCCUCACCCAUCUCACUACUCCUUCCUAUCAUAUCCUGGUUCUACCCUAUCUCCCCGGUGGUGACCUUUUGGGUGUUGUCAACAGUGACGCUGCCCAUGAACAGCUCGGCGAGUCAUUAGUCCGACGGAUAUGGACUGAGCUGUGCAAAGCUGUUGGCUGGAUGCACGGAGUUGGCCUUGUUCAUCGUGACGUGAAGCUUGAGAAUGUCCUCCUUACAUCCCCAUUUCCAUUUACCGCUGCUCCUCCAUCCGGCCCGCUAAUCAAGCUGACUGACUUUGGACUAUCGCGUUUCAUCGAUACCGACGCUCCACUUCUCAGCACUCGUUGCGGGAGCGAGGCAUAUGCGGCACCCGAGCUUGUUAUCAGCGGUGGGAAAUAUGACGCUAGGGAGACUGACGCGUGGGCUUGUGGGGUGGUACUCUAUGCGAUUUGUCUUCGGCAUCUACCAUUUGGCGAAGGAGCGGCGACGCCCGGCGUUGGUGGUCGAAUAGGCCGUGAAGGCGGCGAAAGAGCUGCUCAUGCUGCUCGCAGACGGUGGCUGAUGCAAAUAGCCAAAGGAGAGUGGGAAUGGCCUGAUUCCCCAGAACAACCUGCGACUAUAGAUGGACUGCUUGUGAAUGAAGCACCCGGAGAACUUAUGGGUGCCAAAUUGGUGGAAAGUGUUGGGGCACGAAGAGUCGUCGGGAAGUUACUGGUGCGGGAGCGAAGCCGCCGAGCAAAAAUCAGCGAUCUAUGGGACGACCCAUUCAUGAGGGGAAGUUUCGGGACAAGCAUCGAGAAUCCUACAACAACAAAAUCCGAACUAAUCAGCGCCGAGUACGAGACUCAGAGCCCGACCAAAGACACAUUCGACUUUUCGAGCAACAGCUCAGAUGCGGAUAGCGUUAAAAGCUAUGACGUGGAGGGAUUCGACGACGAGGACCUGGAGGAGGAAGAUGACGACCUCGACGACGAUGGGCUGUUGCUGGACCAGGAUACAAUCGACAACAUCGCACGCCAAGAGGUUCAAUAA